AUGGUCACGGCGACCCCCGACGACUAUUGCUCAGCAUGCCACGACUUUGACCCCCAGGGGCCGCUCCACGAGCGCGAUGCCGUCCUCCGCGACACUUUUGGCAUCCACCGUGUGGCCCUCGAGAAUCGGACGCCGGCCGAGUUGCAGCGUCGCCGCGAUGACUGCUACCGCUGCGCCGUGCUGCUCGCCGCUGCCUACAAGCUGGCCUCGGACUGGGACAAGAUGACCAUCUGGUUGGAGGACCAUCAGAACCCGAAGAUCUCGCUCAUUGGCAAAGACGCCUGCUCCUUCGAGCUGUACACCACCGAGGCUGACAGCACAGUCAAGCACCUCCAUCCGCUCCUCGAGGUACCAGCCACUCCGCGCUCCCAAGCUACCAUGGAUUUCAUGGCCCGCCAGAUGAAAGACUGCCACGACAACCACGAAAAGUGCAAGAUCAAUCACGAGUUUAUGCCAAAGAGGCUCAUCAGACUCACCGACAAGGGCGGUCACAUCAUCCACCCCGACGAGCCCGUGCCCUACAUUGCACUGAGCUACUGCUGGGGCGGCAACAAGAACAUCCGCACACUACGCGCCAACAUCACGGCGCAUAUGGACUCGAUCAACCUGGGCCACCUACCGCGUUGCUUCCGGGACGUCGCCGUCAUCGCCCCGCGCCUCGGCAUCAAUCACCUCUGGGUCGACAGCCUGUGCAUCAUCCAGGAUGACCACGACGACUGGGAGGACCAGUUCCCGCGCAUGUCCUGGGUUUACAAGAACGCGAGCGUCGUCAUCGCCGCCGCCGCCAUCGGCAACUGCCAGGAGUCCUUCCUCGGCGACGACGAGGACGACGAGAGAAUGCGCCGUCCGGAAUCGUUCGUCAUCCGCGACGCCCAUCCCUCCCAGCCCGCGCCCGUGCGGGCACGCGCCGUCCCGACCAUCGGCCUCCACGAGGACCUACAGUCCUUCUACAGCGCGCGCGACCCCCUCGACUACCGCGGCUGGCCCCUCCAGGAGCGCCUCCUGGCCACGCGCAUCCUCGUCUUUUCGCGCACAGAGCUGCAGUGGUCGUGCCAGACCCUACAGGCUUGCGAGGGCGGCCACACGAGCUCCCCCAACCACCCCUUCACCCCGCUCAUCACCAUCGACACAGCCGAGAAGGCGUAUUCGCUCUGGCACAGGCAGGUCAUGGAGUUCUCCAAGCGCCGCCUCACCUUUGAGGAGGAUAAACUGCCCGCCAUCUCGGCCGUGGCCGGUCACGUUGCCGAUGUCACCGGUUCACGGUACAUAGCCGGCCUGUGGCGCGAUAAUCUCAUCCGUGACAUGUGCUGGGAGCGCCACAUGUUCGAGAGCCUCAAGUGGGAGGCGACGCGCCUCUGGCGCGCUCCGUCCUUCUCCUGGACCAGCGUGGCGGGCAACGUCUUCUACAACGACAACUCAAUCGCCGCAAAGGGCUUCUACGUCUCCCAGGUCGUCGACGCCGAGGCCACGCGCCAGAGCAACCCUGUCUUCGGCCAGGUUGUCGACGCCUGGGUCGACAUGGAGGCGCCGCUGAUCGAGGCCACCCUUGAGACUCAUCCGCCCUACGACGGCAGCGACCUGUUCAACUACAACAACCCCGGCGCCAUGUUCCCCCACGGUCACCCAGAGACGCUCUUCCUCGCGAAAGUCGGUGGUUGGCAGAUCCCCUUCCGGGGUGACACGCACCUGGCGCCGGGGCCGAUCCGCGCCACGAGGAGGGAGUUUGCCCACGGGCUUGGCAACACGGCGAACCGCGUUAGGGACAUUGACAGCGUCGAGCUGAACCCGCCCGUGACGGUAUGGGUGAUGAUCGUGGGGUGCUGGUGGGAGCAUACAAACAAGUACCCCAACGGCCAGCGGUGGGUGACGAGUAUCAUCCUGGGACGGUCGGGGCGUCUGCCCGGCGCAUACGAGCGGCUAGGAUAUAAGAAUCAGCCGUGGCCGCCGUGGGAGAAAAUUCCGCAGGAGGACUUUGAUAGGAUCAACGCACACGUCAACAACGAAGGAGAGAAGUCGCAUUUCCGCAUUGUCUAA